UGCAGCACCUCUGCUCUGGUGAGGAUCCAGGGCAGGGUACUGCCAGGAGUGUUGUCAGUCUAGGAGUGGCAGAGAAGAAGGGCUGGGGCACCCCAGAGCCCUCUGCCCAGCCACAAUGUUGUUGGCACCCUAGCCUUCAGUGGGGAGCCUUAGGGAUUUCUGGUGGGCAAACAAAGCCAGUGUGGGCCGAACUUGCUGAAUGACCCAGGCUGUAGAGUUAUGUGAGAUGAUGUAUACAAGGCCCAGAGCAAGGGCUCAGCGAAGAGGAGCAGCAGAAUGCUGGCCUGGUCUUCCUCUGCCAAGUGUGGAGCCAUCAGCAGUGUCCAGCCCUUCUAGGCCUGUCUGAAACCCUGCAGGGCCAGCUGUUCUCUUGCAACCUGCCCUGGGAACCAGAGUGCUGCUGUGAACAUUCCCAUUUCUGACUGGAAACACACAGACAGUGAUAUGAACCUAGGAGGGGAAUUGCUGGUUAAGUUGUUUUCCAAAUUGACUGAAGAUCUGUCUUUCAUGCAAGAAUUUGUCUGAACAAAGGGUUCUGCAGCUAAAAUUGGCUUGAACUCCAUGAUCCCUUUUGGCUCUGGUAAUUAAUGAUGCUUUUAAAGCACCUGUUACCCUUUAUGCUCAUGCCUAUUUGCUUUCUGAAGUAAUUUCCUUCUUAGUCAGAAGCCUUGCCAUCUUUCCAGUAGGCUAUGGUUUGAAGUGAUUGGUGAGUUCGCUGCCAGUUUGCUUGGUGUGGAUGUGAGACCCUGCAUUCAAUCAUUUGUGAUUGCCACUCUAUGUGCCUUGUGAGCCACUAUUGGGACAGGGGUCCCUUGGCAUUCUGUCUGGCCUCCAACCCAGUGGCUGCAGUAAUGACAGGUGAACAUUUUAGCCAAGAGUUCCUGAUGUCAUCCCAGGGUCUGCAACCUCACAUGGGCAGGGUAGCUAUGAGUUCUACUUACAGAACCUUGCCUCUUGCCUCCCAUUUCACUGCCUCUGGUGGGAGGAAAGACGGGGUGGGGGAGCAGAGAGAGAGAGAGAGACUCUGAAUUAAAUUGAAUGAAGUUAACAAAGGGAGGCAACUCCCCUUUAGCUUAGUCACCUCCUAGUGACUCCACUUGCAGACAUGUGUCAUGGUCUGCCUGCUCUUGCUCUGGUACUAUUUUUAGGGCAGGUGCCCUCCAUUCAUGUUUUAGAGGCUUUUGAGUUGUCCUUGUUUCUGCUUGGGGACUGCUUCUUUGAGUCCAGGGUUCCAGAGGUUCUCAUUUCCAGGCACUGCUCAAGCCUUUUCUUUGGUUUUCUUUGGCUAUCUGGCAGUCUGACACUAAUCCUCGCAGACCACACUCAAAUUCCAUAGCUUGUAAAACCUUUCCUGGACCCCAACUCUGAGAACUCUGCCUUCAUCUUAGCACUUAUCACAGACCCUAGUUGUUGUUAAUGACACAGACCAGGUAAGUUAUAAAAAAAAGAAGUUUAUUUUGGCUUAUGGUUCUGGUCCAAGGCUUAUGGUUUAUGCACAAGGGCUGCAUAUGGUGAUGAUUUCCUUGUGGCUCAGGAAAGCACAUGGUAAGAGACAGGGAAUGCAUGAGAGACCUGGUCCAAUUGGCUUUUAUAGCAGAUCCACUCUCGAGAUAAGCACAUUAACCACUACUUCAUUAUUUGCAUGAGUUCUAAUCACCUCUUGAUUUCUCAUAGUGGGGAUUAAGUUUCAGCAUGAAUCUCAGAAGGGAAACCCUAUUCCAUAUUCCAACCAUCAUACUGGUCAUCGUCAUCACUAGAUGGUAUUUUGGUGCCCUCCUGGGGUUGGGAGCAUCCUACGGUCAUUUUCUGACUGACUGCAGGGGAUGUUCAGUAACUGCUCAUGGAGUGAAAGGAAGCACAUUUGCUGAUAUUUUUUCUGUGCUUUAGGAAAUCCUAUUGGAUCUGGAACAACCAUCACUGUGGGAAGAUCUCCAUCAGCGUUUCUGUGUAAACCCUUUCCUGUUUUUGUCUUGAAAGACCCUGUUUGGAAGAGUCAGCCAUGUGACCUGAAGCAACUUACUCAGUUUCUUCAUUUGUAAAGUGGAAAUAACAAAGGAGCCGCGGCAGCGGGCGAUCGGGCCGUGAGGAGCCUCGGGUGCGGCCUCGCCUCCCCGGCCCGGCGCCCGCAUCAGCACCGCAAACAGCACAGCGCCCCUCGCUAGCACCCAGCCUCGCGCCCUCCUGUUUCUGGCCCGCGGCGCUCGAAUCAGCACCGCGGACAGCGCCCAGUGUCCAGCCUCGAAGCCGCCAGCCCACCUGCUCCCCGAGUCAGCACCGCGGACAGCCUCCCUUGACCAGCCCCGCGGUAGCCCCGGAGCCGCCUGCGUCCCCGGAACAUGGCCACCGAGGUCCACAAUCUGCAGGAGCUCCGGCGAAGUGCCUCACUGGCCACCAAAGUCUUCAUCCAGAGAGAUUACAGUGAUGGGACCAUCUGUCAGUUCCAGACCAAAUUCCCCCCAGAGCUGGACAGCCGGAUUGAGCGGCAACUCUUCGAGGAGACCGUGAAGACCCUCAAUGGCUUUUACGCUGAGGCCGAGAAGAUUGGAGGCAGCUCCUACCUCGAGGGCUGCCUGGCAUGUGCCACAGCCUACUUCAUCUUCCUUUGCAUGGAGACCCACUAUGAGAAGGUUCUCAAGAAGAUCUCCCGCUAUAUUCAGGAGCAGAAUGAGAAGAUCUUUGCACCUCGAGGCCUCCUGCUUACGGACCCUGUGGAGCGUGGGAUGAGGGUCAUCGAGAUCUCCAUCUAUGAGGACCGGUGCAGCAGCGGCAGCUCCAGCAGCGGCAGCAGCAGUGGCAGCGGCAGCAGCAGCAGCGCAGGCGGGGGCGGGGCGGGGGCCCGGUGACUGGCCGAGAGUCCCUGCAG